UGGUGACAGUAUUCGCACUGCUCUUGUUAGGCAAAACAAACGCACCCGCAUAUAAAUCGUCUUAAUUGGCGGGCAACAGCACCUGACGCACUUCCGGCCUAGUUCGAACUGAAAUGCUAACACAAAAUUAAGAGAUUUUAAACGUCGUUUGUCUUUUUUGAUUUGUUUGUUGUGAUUAUAAUCACCAGGAAACAACGUUUUGGGAUGUUGCCGCUCACGAAGGAGCUGGCGGAACUUUUCAAGGAAGACUCUGACAGCGAAAAGACGUUUUACGGCUUCUGUGAUGAGGAGCUAAGCGAGCAGUCCGACGAGAAAAGUGACUUUGAAGACGAAAAAGAUGUUGGCCGGCCUCCAGUUCCGCCCGAGCAGCAGAGCAGCAAAACCUUCAGGUUGAGGGUCGCUCUCCGCUCGUCUCUGACGGCUCACAGCUCCUCUGAUAAAAAUGACGACGAGGACGAAAACUGGACCCAAAAGAGCCAAGUGAAAGAGAUUAGGCAAGUUCAUAUUAAAGAAGAACCCGAGGAUGUGUUUGACUCUUUCCUGCUGAAGAGAGAGCAGAACAUCAAGGCAAAUAAAGCGAUGUUGGCUCAGCUGAUGGCCGACCUGCAGAUGAUGCCAGGAGUUGCCGAUCUUCUGAAAAAGAAGCAAGCGGGAAAGCAGCCCAAAAACAAAUCUCGUCCACCCCGCUCCGCAAGGGAGCCCAGGAAGAACCCAGAGCGGGCGUCCCGCCGACGGACCCGCUCCAUGGGUGGCUGCGAGGACCCCCCGGGCCCCCGGGAGGCCGAGCUGGCGCUCAGCUUGGAAGAAGAACUUGUGGAGGUACGACAAACCCCGCGGCGGCAGAGCAUCCCGCGGCCCAAUCGGAGCUUACCUCACAUCAUCCGACCUGUGGACGACAUCUCAGAGAAGGAGCUCCAGCUGGUGGCCCACAACAUGACUGACAAAGUCUACAACAGAAUCACUGGCUCCACGUGCCACCAAUGUCGGCAAAAGACGGCGGACACAAAGACGUGCUGCCGCAGCGAGGACUGCCGGGGCAUCCAGGGCCAGUUCUGCGGGCCGUGUCUGAGGAACCGAUACGGGGAGGAUGUCAGGAAAGCACUGCUGGAUCCGAAGUGGCAGUGCCCUCCCUGCCGAGGCAUUUGCAACUGCAGCUUCUGCAGGCAGCGGGAAGGCCGCUGCCCCACGGGCAUCCUUUUCCCCCUGGCGCAGUUCCACGGCUUCUCGGACGUCCACUCGUACCUCAGCAGUCUCCACAGCAAACUGAAGAGCGAGGGUGACAACGCUGAGAUCGAGAACCGCGACUCUCCAGCCAGUUACAAUUCCAACAAAAAGACGGGACCACUCCUUGUUUUCACUUAUUUGCGUCUGGACCUUUGGUUUGAGCAUUUUGCCCUGUACAGCUUUCAAAAAAAGAAAAAAAAAAUAAAUCCACAGAUAAAAAUAACGAGGAAAAAGUGUCUGCUGGAGGGGGGGGGGGGGGUUCUUGGAACAUCGCGACCAUGUACGAACGCAUCAGUCGCUUCAUCUGCAUACAGCAAAAAAACUACUAAAGAAGGCAACCUCACAAUCGACAAGGACCAUCCUGCCCUCGGCUAAGAUUGCUGG